AUGGCUUUCAUCAAAUACGCCCUCCCCGCUCUUGCUGCGGCCCAGGCCGCCAUGGCUGCCAGCUGUGGUAGCAGCGGCAGCACCAUCACCAUCUCCAGCCAGAGUGACCUUGACAGCUACGCCACCUGCACCACCCUCAAGGGUGAUGUCGAGAUCAGCGAGAGCGCCUCUGGUGACCUCACCCUCAACGGUGUCACCUCCAUCGCUGGUGGACUGAGCUGCACCGGCGGCAGCAACAUCACCUCGUUCAGCUCCUCCUCCCUGAGCUCCAUUGGCGACACCUUCAAGCUGGACGGUCUCACCACUCUCACCACCCUCAGCUUGACCAACCUCACCAGCGUUGGCUCCAUCUCCUGGACUGCUCUCCCCGAGCUGCAGUCCCUUGACUUCACCAAGGGUGUUUCCGAGGCCGGCAGUGUCACCAUCACCAACACUGGUCUUACCAGCUUGGAUGGUAUCUCCCUCAAGACUGUCGGUACCUUCGACAUCACCGAGAACACCAACCUGAAGACCGUCAACGUCAACGAGCUCACCAACGCCACUGGUCUGAUCAACUUCGCUGGUAACAUGGACUCCCUGCAGAUUAUCCUGCCCAACCUCGGCACCGGUACCAACAUGACCUUCCGUAACGUCAGCGGUGUCUCCAUCCCCUCUCUCGAGACUCUCAGCGGUCAGCUCGGUUUCUGGGGUAACACCUUCACCAACUUCAGCGCUGCCAACCUCACCACCACUGGUGACCUUGUCUUCGACGACAACACCAAGCUGAACAACAUCAGCAUGCCCGUCCUGAAGACCGUCAACGGUGGAUUCCAGAUUGCUCGCAACGACAAGCUUAAGUCCAUCAACUUCCCCGAUCUGAAGGAGGUCACUGGUGCCAUUGACUUCAGCGGUGACUUUGACGAGGUUUCCCUCUCUUCCCUGACCGAGGUCAAGGGUGGCUUCAACAUGCAGAGCACCGGUAACUUCAGCUGCAGCGCCUUCAAGACCCUGCGUGAGAACAACGUCAUCCGUGGUACCUACACCUGCAAGGCCAGCACUUCCGACCCCACCACCAGCGAUGGAUCCUCUGGCACCACCACCUCGACCGGCAGCAGCAGCAGCUCUUCCUCCACCAGCAGCGACAGCGCCUCCGUCAUGAACGUGGCUAACAUGCCCGCUCUUGGUCUUGCUGCCGUCCUCGGUGGUCUGAUCCAGUACGCUCUGUAA